AUGUUUCGCGUGGUUCCUCGGUGGGCCCGCUCGAAUGGUCACGCCGUUUUCUGUGAAAGAAAACUGUCGAGAAAACUCCAUAAUGGAAGGACCCUCGUAGAAGAACUAACUUGCAGAGGUUUCAUUGCCAAUGUGACCCGGCCGCACGAAUUAAACAAUCAUUUGGGAAAAUGCUCUCGGAUGGUUUAUGCUGGAAUUGACCCUACGGCGAAGUCGCUACACGCCGGUCACCUCAUCCCACUCUUAUGCUUGCUACAUUUCCAGCUACGCGGAAACAACAUCAUCACUCUCAUCGGGGGAGCGACUGGACUUGUUGGCGACCCGUCCGGUCGUUUGACGGAGCGGGAGCUUUCUGAUGCUGCACAGGUUGAACUCAAUGCUAGCAAACUUACAUAUGCUAUCAGUAGAUUCUUCAGCCGUGCAUCAGUAUAUGCGGCUUCUAGAGGAUCCACUCAACAGUCCGUUAUUCCCGAAGUUCAGGUCUUAAACAAUAUCAAUUGGCUCAAGGAUCUGAACCUCCUAGAUUUCUUACGUAGCACAGGCCCUCACUUCCGCAUCAACCAGAUGAUCGCUAGAGACAGUGUAUGCACCCGAAUGAAUGCACAACAAGGGAUAAAUUUCACCGAGUUCACGUACCAGCUGCUACAAGCCUACGAUUUCUACGAGCUAUACAGAACGAAGGGAUGUACAGUCCAAAUUGGCGGCUCCGAUCAAUGGGGGAAUAUCUUGUCGGGCCUCGAGCUCAUCAAUAAAGCACAAUUCAGUCGUGCAACUGUCGCUGAGCAGUCCAGCAAGAAAGGUUUUGCACUGACUACCCCACUUUUGACGACGUCUUCGGGAGAGAAAUUUGGCAAGAGCGCGGGGAAUGCUAUCUGGUUAGACGAGAGCCUCAGCAGCCACCUGGAUUUCUAUCAAUUUUUCUUGAGGACAGCUGAUGCAGAUGUCGUAAAAUACCUGAAGAUGUUUACCCUGUUACCAGUGGAGGAGAUAGAAUCGAUUGCGAAAGAUCACGAGUCCCAUCCCGAACAUCGGAUAGCACAAAGAAUCCUUGCUAAUGAGGUCACGCUGUUGGUCCAUGGCGAAGAUGGACUGAGUGCAGCAAAAGUUGCCACUAAAGUGUUGUUCGGCACUGACUAUUCCUCCCUACGAGCCGACCAAAUCAUCAGAUCGCUCCGCAACGAUCCCCGGCUAGUGUUUUGUAGCCAAGAUGAAAUGUUUGCAGAGCUCCUUCCUAACCUGACUGCAAUCCAUGGGCUGUUACCCUCCAAGUCCGCUGCGCGCCAACUUGUCUUAGCAGGAGGGCUUUAUGUGAAUAAUGUGCCCGUGCGUGAUCCUCGUCUUCGCCUUACGCGAGAGGGUCUUCUGGAUGACAGGGUGGCUGUUGUGAGGGCAGGCAAAGACAAACAUCUUGUACUUGUCUUGAAGUAG